ACGACGCGUAAACAAAAAAACGCGCUUAUCAGUCCUUUCUCUAUUUUACUGUGAAAUUAAUUAUUUUUAAAAUUAUUUUUUUUAGUUUAUAUGAUAAAAUUUCUUGAUAAUAAUUUUACCAUGGUUUUGGAUAAUAAAAGAUAGAUCUAUGGAUCAAAAAACCAAAUAUUCGGUGAGAAACAUAACCAACACAUCGAUAUGUCAUUAAUUAAUUCAUUUAAAUUUAAUUCUUCAAUAAAUAAGGAAUCAGAAAAUAUUUUUACUUCGGAAGAUGAAGAAGAGAACUACAAUUUUGAGUAUGUUUCAAAAAACCAAUGUCAAUAUGAUAUUGAUGAUAUUAAAAGAGAAAGGAUAAAAAAAGAUGAGGAAAAUAUAUGGGCUUCUUUUAUUGAAAGAGAAGAUGAAGAAGGUUCUGAAUGUCUGUUAGAUUGUUUUCACAAUGUUAUAAAUCCGAGACAAGUGUUGGAGAACAAUUUGGAAGAAGUUCAUCUAAAUCAAGAAUUAAAAAGACUUGAACAGGAUGCUUUUUUAGAAGAAACUGAAAGACUGACUAAACCUAAGAAAAAAUUAUCUCGAAUUAAUUAUGAUGUAAAAAGUCACAAUGACGAUGAUGAUAGAAGAAGUUGUGAUACUUACAUAGAGGUUCAAAAAGCUUAUGAAGAUCCAUUAGUUUAUGAGAGAUCUCCAAUAUCAAAAUUAGAUUUUAAAACUAAAAUAUCUAAAUCUCGAUAUGAAAAUACCAUUAGACACCAACGGAAACUUCAACAUCAACGGUCAUGUAUUUUUCGAGAUUAUAACUGUCGAGAAUGUGAUUUAUCACCUGGAAUUACUUCUCACAACAGUGAUCAAUAUUCCUCUAUAAUUCGUCCUCAUCCUAUAGUUGCGCAAAAAAUUUUAGACAUUCAGGUCAAAAUUUCAGAACUUUUAGACGAAAUCCAUUACAGACUUUGCCGAAUACCUAUUCCAGAUGGAGAAAUAGACUUGAAGCGUCGACAGCAACGAAUGAUGGAAUUUAUUGUGAGAUUUUCAAGAAAUUAUUUGUAUGAUAUAAGUAGGCAAAUGGCAGAUAUUCAAAGGCAUAUACAAAUGAUGUUACCGAAUGCUAGGAUAAAACCAUCUAGACGAAUAUCUCAAUUACAUAUGCAGGCUUUAGAAACUAAAUUAUGUUCAAUUCAUCAAUUAUUAUUCAAUGCUUUAUGUGCUUAUUGUAAACAUAUUCCAAGUUCAUGUUUAAAAGGACAUCCAGGAAAGCUCAAAGAAAUUCUUCAAAUAGUUAUGGAUUUAAAAGAUGUCUGCUCCAAAAUAAAUCUUACUGCUGAAUAUUUUGGAGCAGGUGAUGCUGCUUCACCUCCUUUGGGUGAAGAUACUCAAAAAAGAUGUAAUGCCAUUUUAUCAAAGCUUUAUUCUAAUUCAGAAAAAGCAUCUCCUAUAUACAGUUACACUACACAAUCCACUUUGAGAUCUUCUAUCGAUACCAAAAGAAGAAACAUUCGAACUGAUAGUCGUAAAAUGUUGCCAAACCGUUUUAGCAUGUAUUAUGCAGAUAAUAGAUUUGCUAAGAGUCAGAAAAAACGGCCUAUAACAGUUGGAUUUUGUAUGAAGGAGAGGAAACCUAAUAUUGGAAAGUUAAAGUUAAUUGAUCAUCCUUCAACUGCAACAAUUCCAGUAUCUAAUGUCAUAUUAAAAAACCCAAAAGAGCCAAUUAAACGUGGUCCAUCAAGAGCCAAAAGAUUCCAGAAAGAGGAUGAUAUUAAAACCAUGGUAGAAAUGAUACCAGUUGAUUCAGAAGAGGGAAAUAGCGCCAUUUUAUCAAGAGCAUGUCACUCGUCUAUAUCAAAUAUAAAUCGAAAAGUAGUAAAAAGAGCUGUCAAGUCACGUCAACGAGAUAAAAAUUCAAAACCUUCAACCACUACUACUACGACUACUAAAUCAAGUAAACAAAAUUUCAACAGUGUUGUUAAAGAUCAAAAUCUUAAUGGAGAUCUACUAUUGACCAAUCAACAAUUCUGUAGUUUUCUGCCUAUUAUUACUCAUGUUAUAUCUUUGAUAACAGAAAAACAAAAGAAAUCACCAAUAAAUAUUAAUGAAAUGACAAUGGAAACUCUUUUAGAAAUUUUACAAGAAUAUUUAGUAGAAAAAAACAAAGAGACUGAAGAGGAGUUUUUAAUCGAUUCGAUUAAAUAUGAUACAGCUAAUUCUAUGAAUAAGCCACUACAAAAAUCAGAAAUUUUUCAUCAUAAUACGAAGAAAUUUUCAUCGAAAACAAAUAAUAAAAAGAAAGUAGAAGAAGAGAAGCAGAGUGUUAAAACAUCUCUUUAUAAUAUUGAAAAUGAAGAAAAUCCAAAAUUAAUUCCAUUAAUCGUAUCUCAAGAAUCGAUUGAUGAACUUUUAGAUUAUCGUAAUAAAUUUCAAGAUGCAUGUAGAUUAAAUCCAAUGUACACAAGCAACAGUCCAAAUAAACCUUGGGAAGUGGUUGCGUGGAUAGCCGAUAAACUUGUUGAUGAAAUGAUAGCUGAAAUAUCGAAAGAGUUACAAAUUGAUGAUAUUAUACAAAAGUUAUUUGAUCUAGAGUUUCAAGAAUUUUGAUAUACAAUCCAUUUUAGUAAUAAUUGUAUCAUAAUUGCAUCUAAAUUAACAUAAAUAAUAUUUUCUAAACUAUCA